AUGGGGUGCGUAAGGCAAACCAACUUGUUCUGUGAAAGACAAACUGAUAAGAAGUCAUUCUCAUUGCAAGGAAAACAGGGUUAUAGUGAUGAUGGGUUUUGGAAGAUGACAGGGGCAAAAGUGCCAGAUUAUCAUCAGUAUAUUACAUCUUUGAAUACUGAUGACAUCAAUGGCUGCAUGAUACAGUGCCUAAAUAAUUGUUCUUGCCUGGCUUAUGCACUCGUUAAUAAUAUUGGGUGUUUGGUCUGGUCCAAAGACCUUAUAGAUAUAGUGGGGUUCUCCCAGGGAGGUGUUGAUCUUUAUAUUCGCCUGUCACGCAAACAACUAGAUUCAUUAGCAGGUGAAGGAAAGCAAAUUAAGUUGAUUGUCAUCCUUACAGCUACUAGUUUAAUGAUUAGCUUGGUUGCCAUACUGUUCGGUUUGCACAAAUUGCGAGCUAACCAAAAGGGAUCGAUUCCAACUUCUAGGGAUAUUAUUCAAGAAUAUAUUGGGAAACAUGAUCCAUCAGAGCUAUUGAUCUAUGAUUUUGAUACCAUGUUAACUGCUACAGACAAUUUCAGCAUUACAAACAAACUCGGGCAAGGAGGCUUUGGUCCUGUUUAUAAGGGUAUACUACAAGAUGGGAAGGAAAUAGCUGUAAAAAGACUAUCUAGUAGCUCAGGACAAGGCAUUGAAGAGUUCAAGAAUGAAAUGUUGUUGAUCUCCAAUCUUCAACACAAAAAUCUUGUUAGGAUGAUGGGUUGCUGCAUUAAAGAGGACGAGAAGUUACUGGUCUAUGAGUUCAUGCCAAACAAAAGCUUGGAUACGUUUCUAUUUGAUCCAACGAGGAGAGGAGAGCUUGAUUGGGAUAGACGCUUUAAUAUUAUUCAGGGUGUUGCUAGAGGGCUUCUUUAUCUCCAUCAUGAUUCCUAUUUGAAGGUAAUACAUAGAGAUCUGAAAGUCAGCAACAUUCUCCUGGAUGAAAAAAUGAAACCAAAAAUUUCAGAUUUUGGAUUGGCACGCAUAGUUGAAGGAACACAAUGUAUAGAAAAUACACAGAAGGUUGUGGGAACACGUGGCUAUAUGUCUCCAGAGUAUGCCCUGGGUGGGAUAUUUUCUGAAAAAUCUGAUGACUAUAGUUUCAGGGUUUUGGAAUUGGAGAUUAUUAGCGGCAAGAAGAAUAACAACUUUUUUUUAUAUGAGCAACAACUAGGCUUUCUAGCCCAUGCAUGGAACUUGUGGUAUGAAGGCAAGGGAUUGGAAUUGGUAGAUGAAGUAUUGGGUGAUUCAUAUUCCUCAUCAGAAGUAUUGAAAUGUGUGCACAUUGGGCUUCUUUGUGUACAGGAUAAUGCUGCGGAUAGGCCAACCAUGAAGGAUAUUGCUUUAAUGCUAAGUAGCGAGAAAGAUGGUACACAACCUAAGAGGCCUGAAUUCACUAUGCAAAACUCAUUUUCUCAUCCUCAACCACAGAAUGAACAUACUAAUUCCCCCAUAAAUGAAGCUACUAUUACAGUGAUUGAAGGACGAUGA